AAUCACUAAGAGUGAGGCUGAAAGGUGGCUGUUCUCUACGCUUAUCGGCCGCCCGGCUGCUUGUGAAGUUCCAGCCUCAUGGCGGAGAUAAUUCAGGAACGUAUAGAAGAUCGAAUCCCGGAGUUGGAACAGCUGGAGCGCAUCGGACUCUUCAGUCACGCGGAGAUUAAGGCUAUCAUCAAGAAGGCUUCCGACCUAGAAUACAAAAUACAUCGGAGAACCCUUCUCAAGGAAGACUUUAUCAACUAUGUUCAAUAUGAAAUUAAUCUUUUGGAGCUGAUCCAGAGAAGAAGAGCAAGAAUUAAAUAUUCAUUUAAGAAGGAUGAGAUUGAAUAUUCUAUGGUACAUCGGGUCCAGGGUGUCUUUGGUCGUGCUUCAGCGAAGUGGAAAGAUGAUGUUCAGCUCUGGCUCUCCUAUAUAGUUUUCUGUAAGAAAUGGGGCACCAAAACUCACCUUAGCAAGAUAUUCUCUGCCAUGCUUGCCAUUCACUCAAACAAGCCAGCUUUGUGGAUCAUGGCAGCCAAAUGGGAAAUGGAAGACCGCUUGUCUUCAGAAAGUGCCAGGCAGUUAUUUCUUCGAGCUCUACGCUUUCAUCCCGAGUGUCCAAAGCUCUAUCAAGAAUACUUUAGGAUGGAGCUGAUGCAUGCUGAGAAACUGAGAAAGGAGAAGCAAGAAUUUGAAAAAGCCGCCAUGGACAUGGGGGAUUUUGAUCAUCCUGAAGAAAUCCUUAAAGGCGAGUUGGCACGGAUCAUUUAUAAAAAUUCUAUAAGCAAGAUUAAAGGUGCAGAAUUCCAUGUGUCACUUCUUGCUAUUGCUCAGCUAUUUGAUUUUGCCAAAGAUCUACAGAAGGAAAUUUAUGAUGACCUUCAAGCUCUGCACACCGAUGACCCACUCACUUGGGAUUAUGUGGCGCGGCGAGAAUUAGAGAUCGAGUCCCAACCAGGUGAAGAACAGCCUGUGUCGAAACAAGCCAAAGCAGUGGAAAUGGGCCGAAGGGAAGAGAGGUGCUGCGCGGUGUAUGAGGAGGCAGUGAAGGCCCUGCCUACAGAGGCCAUGUGGAAGUGUUACAUCACCUUUUGCUUGGAGAGGUUUUCUAAGAAGACCAGUAGUGUGCCCCUCAGAGGGCAGAGGCUGGAAAGAACCAUGCUUGCAUUCAGGAAGGCCCAUGAACUGAAGCUGCUUUCUGAAGUCCAGUACAAGCAGUGGAUUGACUUGUUGCUGCGCCAGGACCUCUUCAAAGAAGCACUGCAGGUGGCAGAGGCUGGGACCGAAUUGUUCAAGGACUCUGUAACAAUGUGGCAGACGAAGCUCCAGGUGCUCAUUGACUCAAAGAGCCCGGAUGUAGAGAUGCGCUUUGAGGAAGCCUUUGCACACCUCAAACCCCAGGUUUGUCUGCCCUUGUGGAUUUCUUGGGCAGAGUGGAGUGAAAGUGCUAAAAGCCAGGAGGACACGGAAGCCAUCUUUAAGAAAGCUAUUAUAGCUGUCACAGGUGCCAGUUCAGUAACUCUGAAGGAGAAAUACCUGGAUUGGGCCUAUCGGAGUGGAGGCUACAAAAAGGCCAGAGCAGUGUUUAAAAGUUUACAGGAAAGCCGUCCAUUUUCGGUUGAGUUUUUCAGGAAAAUGAUGCAGUUUGAAAAGGAGCAGGAACCCUGCAAGAUGGUAAACCUGAGGGAGUAUUACGAGAGGGCGCUGAGAGAGUUUGGGACUUCAGAUUCUGAUCUUUGGAUGGAUUACAUCAAGGAAGAAUUGAACCAUCCCUUCGGUAAACCUGAGAACUGCGGACAGAUCUAUUGGCGAGCCAUGAAAAUGUUGCAGGGACAGUCAGCAGAGCUGUUUGUAGCUAAACACGCCAUGCACCAGGCUGGCCACUAGUGGUCGAGCACCACCAGUUGGCUGAAGUUGUGAUGCAAGUCUCGGGGCAGGUUUGUGAUGAGCUGGUGUGUGAAUUGUCGAGAGCUGGCAGAAGAACGGAUUGAUUUUUGUAACAUACUUUUACUUGGUGUUAAUCUUUGGUUCCAGAAAUGAGUACUGCUAGUGCCUGUUAAAUCUAAAAUACACAGAAAUCAUAUGAUUCAGCUUCAAUUCUUGUUCCAGGCUAAGCAUAUACAGCUCUAAUCUAGACUAGGUGUGAGGGACCCAGUUCAAACCCAAGAGAAAGUAUAGUUUUGUGUGUUCUCUUCUUGUUGUGAAAGCCUGCAUGAUACCUGUGGAGAUAGGAGGGACGAGGGUGUGGAUGGACUGCCUCAACCCUCCAGCUCCCGAAUACUGAUUAAGAGACUUUAUUUAUGAAAGCUUAGUCCUUAUGGCUUAGCCAUGUUUACCACCUGGCUGAUCACCUCUCCUCAGCCCCGUACAUUCAAGUUCCAAGUCUGGCCGGCAGAUCUCCCACCUCUCAAUUCUUCCCAGAGUUCCGAUCUCUUCUUGGAUGUCCCACCUUUACUCUCCUGCCCAGCCAUCAGCUGUUUAUCAAACAAAUCAGAAGUGAUAGAGGAGAAUGUGUACAAUCUUCGAUGCAGGUGAUGCUUCAUAAAAAUAACAGUACCAAAGUCCGGACAGUACUCUACUGGUUCAAAAAUCAACACUGAAUACUACAAAGACAGCCUUUACAGUGCCCAAGAUUAUCCCAACACUAGGGCAGAGCAGAGCAGAAAGUCACUUAGAUCACCGAAGUGAGGCUGAACAGUGACUUCUUUUCCUGUAUCUGAAUUGGAUCUGUACUUUUAAAUCAAUCAUUCAAGAAAUAGCGCCUUCCUUCACCUGCAGGAAAAAGGGAGACUUGGAAGAUGAGUGACAGAGAAGGAGGCGCUGGGUAUUGGGAGAAGUUUGUCUUUUAAGAAGGUUGAGGUGGCACAGGAAACGAUUUACCCCAAGGAUGGACAGGCCAAGAAUGGCAUGGAGGAUGCCCAGCUUUGUGGCGGGGGAGGGAGUGGGAAGUGCCUCAGUAGGGGGUGGAGGGGCAGAUUGGCACAAAGGAGGGCAUUUGGGGAGUAAGGGAGGAAGCUGAAAUAAAUCCUUUCAUUUUUUUUGAUACUGGGUAUUUGUUUGUUUGUGAUAAACCUAAAUUUGCAUUUGAGGCAAGAGCUUUACCACUGAGACAGACCCCAGGCAUCUUUUUAUUUUCUGUUUUGAGCAGGUCUCACUAAGUUUUGGCUGGCCUGAAAAGUUCUCAGGUCUAGGCAGGCCUUGAACUUUGAAUGCUCUUGCCUCAGCCUCUCAAGUGGCUGAGGUUACAGGCCUCAACAGCUGGACCUUAACAUUUUGAUAUCAUUGGGAAAGUAUUUUGAACAAGUUACUUAAUAGUAAGCCUUAAUUAAUAUUAAGUUCAUUUAAUAACAUGGAAAACACCUAAUGAAUUCAUAGCAUUCCCUUGUCUUAAUUAAUCUCCUGUGGCUAUAGUUUUUUAAAAGUAUAAACGAUAUUGGUGAAGAUUCUUGUCAAUCUUUGGUUACAUUCACUGGCACUUCCUUAGGGGACUUACUUGACAGUGGAAUUACUGAAUUAGGUAAAAGAACAAAAUUUGCCAAUUUGCUCUUUCCAGCAUCACAUGCAGGAGGCAACGCCCUUGUCUGCACUGGGGAUUACGUACUUCCUUUUCAUCAUUUUAUAAUUCACCACUCAGUAGAUGAAAGCGGUACAUCAUCACUUAAGCUACUUUUUCUUAUUAAUUUUUGUCUUAAAAAUACAUUGAGAGAGCCAGGGGAGAUGGCUCAGCGGUUAAGACUGACUGCUCUUCCAGAUGUCCCAAGUUCAAUUCCCAGCAACCACAUGGUGGCUCACAACCAUCUGUAAUGGGAUCCGAUAUCCUCUUCUGGUGUGUCUGAAGACAGUGUAGUCAUAGACAUAAAAUGAAUAAAUAAAUCUUUAAAAAAAC